UUUCUUAACAGCAGGAAGUGCACUGUGCACAUGCGCAGUACGUCAUCAAACCAAACUCGUUACUUCCUUCGAGCUCGUGUAGCCGCGCGUCAGGCGCCAGGAGGAAACAUCUCAGACAAAAUGUUGAGUAAAGUCAUCGGUCAGAAGUACGUGUCCAUCGCCAAGUCAUGGAUCCCCACUCUGGCUAUAUGGGGCACCGCUGGAGGUGUCGCUCUUGUCCACUUCACAGACUGGAGGUUGUUUUUGGAUUAUGUUCCCAUCAUCAACGGCAAAUUCAAAAAGGAUGAGUAGUGGCAGCCAGGUCAGUGCUGCUUUUUACUCAAAGACUUAAAAAAUGAACAGAAGCUGCCGCGGCCGGUACCUUGCACUGUUGUCUGCCUGCCAGGCCACUGGAAGCCUGUCAUCUUCACCCAACAGCUCAGUCUACAUCGACCUAUUCACCACAAACAUCCAGCUGAAAUACACCACCGUGUGGCAUUUCAACUUUUCCUCAGCCAGUGAAAACAUGAAUGGAAGGAAAAUGAAAACGUGGAUGAUAAAUGGACUCUUAUUUUUUAUUUUCCUGUUCAGUUUGGGGUCAGAUAUUUAUUUUUAAUCAUCAGUUCUGUGUGUGCCGUGGAUCAAACCUGAUUCACAAAAUAAAAAUCUGUCCUUACUGUCAUGCUGUAAUUGUUUUGAUGAGAAUAAGUAAAAUAUGUGAGAUUUAUCCUG